AAAAAAAAAAAAUCAAUAAACCUCUCCAAGAGGAGGGGAAAAAAAAGAAAGAAAAAAAAACACUUCAAAUUAGAUCAUAAUUCGACGAUAUUAUGGGAAACGCCCUGCUCAGAUUCCUAUGCGGCUGCGCCGGUGGCGGCGGCGGCGGCGGCGGUGCGGCGUCGGCCAACGAGACGCAAUUCCCCGGCCCCCACCGCGGCAUCGCCGCCCUCGGCCACGACCUCCUCCAUUUCGACAUCACAUCUCAGGUUCCAGAAGGGCUGAGUCAGCAUGUGGUCUCCUCAAAGAAGGCUCAGGCAAAUUGGUAUAAGAAGCUGUUGGAGGCGUGGAGGGAGGCGAAGCCGCCACCGAGAACACCGGAGGAAGCGUCGCGGCUCGUAAUCCAAACCCUAAAGAGGCAUCAAAAGGCAGAUGUGGAGGGUCUCUUGGCUUUCUAUGGUCUUCCACUCCCUCAUACUCUGUCAGGAGUUUCAGCUCCUGCACCUUCUAAGCCUGAAGGAGUGAAGUAUGAACUGCAUACACUCCCUGUGGAUGCUAAAUCUGUGGCUGACGGCGAUACGAUCACCGUGUACGUCGACACAGCCGACCCUCGGGAGUCGGGAAGUGUUCCCCGGGAAGUGCACAAGGCGGCGAUCGUGAGGGCCAAGGCGCGGACCGUCAGGAACUACCAGAAGGCUGAUGCACUGCAGAAAACCAUAGUUGAUGCAGGAUACAGAGUGAUAUCUUCGUCGAACAACGAUGAAAUUCUUGCGCGAAAAUAUAGAAUCAGACUAAGGGGAAUUGAUGCACCAGAGAGCUCCAUGCCUUUUGGAAAGGAGGCAAAGGAGGAAUUGGUGAAACUAGUCCAAGGAAAGGGUUUGAAAAUUUAUGUGUUUGGAGAUGAUAGAUAUGGCCGUUGUGUGGGAGAUAUUUACUGCAAUGGUGUUUUUGUACAAGAGCAUAUGUUGAAGAAAGGGCUUGCAUGGCACUACACAGCAUAUGAUCAACGUCCUGAGCUUGCUAGGUUGGAGAAACAGGCGCGCGCUAAACGCAUGGGCUUGUGGGCGGCCUCGGACCCCGAAAAGCCAUGGGAAUGGAGGAAGGAUAGGAGGAGCAAUGGAGCAUGAUCUCACACUGCAAUGUUGUUGGAAGGAACUUAAAUGGAUUGAGCAUGAGUUGGUUUGAUGCAAAGUGAUAAUUAUUAUUAUUAUUGAUUGUGUGUGUGUACAGCAGUUGUAACAGUGAUCUAAUUUUAAGAAGCAUGUUUAUUGUUAGCACGAACAUUGAGGGGAAAAAACCAAGCAUUUACCGCUUAAUAUCGCUAGAUGCGAAUCUCAAAGCAGUGCUGAUCAUAAUAUCGGACGGUGUAAAAGGAUGAAUUGUAGUAGAGCACAUUUUAUGAAAUUGUUGCUCAAAUGUAAGUGUGUGUGUGUGGAGAAGUUUAGCCCUAA